AUGAGUCCUUAUAAGGCCAACGGAACCGCCAAAAUUGCUGUCGCCAGCUCCCUGUGUCCUUUACAAAUCCCCAACCCACACAACACCUCAUUCGACCCAAAGCGAGGAAUGGCGCCUGACUUUUACUAUCUCUUCCUAGGCUUUGCGGGAUUAGUGACUCUGGCAUCACUAUGGAAUAUGUGGGGUGGAGAUAUAUUCCCUGCCGAGGGUGAUCCUACGGGUGAUCCGGAAUACUGGACCGAAACAGAGUUGAGGCGGUGGCUGAAGCUGGCCAGAGCUUUUGGAACGAGUCAAGGCGAAUAUGAGAACGCAGACGACUUCUUUGAACGCCGAGCGACGGGGCUGACGGGCAACAUGUCGAAGACCGCAAAUGAAACUGACAUUUCAUGGACAGAUGGAAAGUCCGAAUGUUGUUCUCCAUUUCUCCGCGAUUAUCUGUACUUGUAUUGGAAUGAAUGCAUGGAAUUGAGGCUGAGAGGCUACCUGGCCAAUGUCGCCACUCCGCCACCUGGAGAGGCUGCGAGGCUCAGCCUCGCCGCCUUGCCGUCGAUCGCGGACUCCAAAUACAUGCUCGCUCUCGAGCGCAACGCUCAUAGUUUCUUCCUCCAAUGUCGAGCUUCUGCGCGAUGUCAACCAUGGCGACCGGUUCUGCCUCGUGGAAAUUCUCAACGGCGCACCCUCGCAGCAGCGAUUGAACCAGAAAGCUCUAUAAAUGCUCAUGCUCAUGCUCUGGCAGGGAAACCUUACUAUGUGACAACGCCCAUAUUCUACGUCAAUUCAGGCAUGUCACCCCAUGUCGGCCACCUCUACACGUUGGUCCUCGCCGAUGUUCUCAAACGCUGGGCAAAGCUUCGCGGUGAUACGAGGGCGACCCUCCUGACCGGAACCGAUGAACAUGGAAUGAAGGUGCAAAAGGCUGCUCAAAAGGCAAACACCGAUGUCAAGCUGUUCUGCGAUCAUCACGCCGAGCAGUUCAAGGCAUUAUGUGACGCAGCCAACAUCGACUACGACCGUUUCAUCCGAACCACGGACGAGGACCAUAAGGAGGUUGUCAGAUAUGUCUGGGAAGAGCUGAAUCGCGCGGGAUUUAUCUACGAAGCCAAGCACGAGGGCUGGUACUCGGUCAGCGACGAGACUUUUUAUCCCUCAACUCAAGUCCACAAAGUCCUCGAUCCGUCAACAGGUAUAACGAAGAUUGUCUCCAUCGAGACCGGGAAAGAUGUCGAAUGGACUUCGGAGAUGAAUUACCAUUUCAGGCUGUCCGAAUUUCAGGCUCCGUUGCUAAAGUACUACGAGAACCAUGCGGGCGCUAUUGUCCCAAAGCAGCGCAUGGCCUUCAUCAUGGACGAGAUUCGAAGUGGACUCAAAGAUCUGUCUGUUUCCAGACCUUCAUCGCGGUUGACUUGGGGAAUUCAGGUUCCGGGCGACGAGAGCCAGACCAUCUACGUUUGGCUCGAUGCGUUAUUCAAUUACUUGACCAUGACGGGAUAUCCGUUCGUCAACAGAAAUGACGCCAACAUGAUGUGGCCCCCGAAUUGUCAAGUCAUCGGCAAAGACAUCAUCCGUUUUCACACCAUUUACUGGCCUGCUUUCCUCAUGGCUUUGAAUCUUCCUGUGGCGGAUAGAUUCCUGACCCAUGCUCAUUGGACAAUGAACAACGAAAAAAUGUCCAAGUCGGCCGGCAACGGGGUCAAUCCGUUCUACGCCAUGGACCGAUUUGGAGUGGACUGUAUCCGUUUCUUCAUGGCACACAACGGGGGUAUUGUUGACGAUGCCACGUACGACAACUCAUUCAUUGAAGAGACGUACAAUCACUUACUCAGAGGUGGACUCGGCAAUCUCAUUCAUCGCGUCUACAAGAGCAAGCACUUCGAUGUCCGUGGGGCUGUGAAAUUGGUCAAAGAGGACGAAAAUUUCUCAAAGUUCAUCACUCGAGACCAAUGGAGCGCCAGUGACCUGGAGAUGAAGGCCAUUCAUGCCAACCUACGAGGUCACCAUGCCAGACUAUGCUCUGUGAGAGAAAUCGCAGACAACCACAUGAAUGAACCGGAUCCACGGAAAGCUGUACAGUCAAUCUGUGAGCUGAUCGGGGAGACAAACAAGCUCUUCCACAAUUCUGAAGUCUGGAAGUUGAUCAAGAGUACAGAUCCCGAAACAAGGCAUAUAGCGAACUACAUCCUUUUUACCAGCGCGGACUCUAUCCGAAUCAUGGCUAUUCUCCUCCAACCGUUUAUGCCUCAAAGAAUGAAAGCCGCCCUGGAUUUGAUGGAAGUCAACGAAUCACGGCGGACGUUUGACGAUGCGGUUUUCGGUGCUGAUUUCACGUAUGGUCCUCCAGCGCUAGGACCUGAUGCAAAGGCAUCGACUGAAGUCGUCUUCCCAAUGCUCUUGUCUGUUCAUUGA